AUGAUCGAAAGUGAUGAAGAUCGAAGUGAGAACGACGCGACGCGGACGCCCCAACUCCGCCAAAUUGCUGUAGAAUUGUCGAACAUCGAAGAGGCAUGCUUCAGGACAACUAGGGCAGGCUAUGCUACUUUUUCAAGUGUACCUGAUUGGAGCAACGUACCCCCUCAAUCAUGCCGGAUGGAUCGCGUGCGAGAGCGGGACGGCGCACAAUGGAGUACGUUAAACAACAAUGGGGAGACAUGUAAGAAGGAGGGUCAUAAAGGAGCGAAUAUCAGCGGCAAUGGACGCAUCCUGUGGGACGCGACUGAUGACUGUUUCAAUCUACGCCGACGCGGCUUGCAG